AACACCUCAGCCCUGGGAUGGUUUACCCCACACUCGUUAUACCUGGAAAUCUGUACCUACGACGUGAACUUAUACAUGAGCAGUAGUUUACUCAUCAGGAACGAGGACGAAUAUAUAUAGAUGUAGAUUUGAUAUCAUAAUAAGCCUUUUUCAAUAGGCCAAGAACAUUUCUAUUGCAGAAGUCUGGAAAAAGAAGUUGUUUUGACGGGUCAACAGACAACGGCUUGCCAGGGUUUAGAUUGCUUCGAUUCGACGAACCACAGAGGUGCACGGUUACCAUGUAUACAAAUACGAGGUAUUCUGGUAAGGGGGAAAUCGGGGCGCCUAAUAAUAUGUCCGACCCAUGUUGAGGGAUCUACGACGAUCUGAAAUAUUUGCAUUUCACUUUGGAAAGCUACCGAAUAGACAAGGGAUUCUGGUCUAUGUGCACUGGCAAUUUGGAAACAUCAAGUCAUCAGUAUACAUUGGUUUGCAAUGGAUUAUGCAGAAAGAGGGGGGAAACAAAGACCCCGACCAAAGGUUUCAUGGAAGUUUUUGACUGUCCUCAUUGUGUGCAUUGUGAACUCGAUUCUGACUGUCGUUCUGUGGACUCUGCUGAUUCCUUUGCGAGAGGAGGUAAAGACGCUGCAAAAACACGAGGUUCAAGAUGGCGUAAUUGGGGUCAAAACUGGCCUUCUCGGAUUCAAAGAUGGCGUUUCAGGAGUUUUAGAGUUUGAUGACAGAUAUGGUUUCCCUGUUGAGGACGAUUCCGGUGAAGAAGUUGAAAGGUCAUUUGAUGAACAUUCCUCAAUGGAUCCACAGAGAACAGUCAUCAGAGUACGUCGGUCUAAGCGCUGGAAAAAGAGUGGGAAAAGACGUGGAAAAAAGGAGAGCGGGAAAAAGAGCGCCGAGAAAAAGAGUGGUAUAAAAGAGAGCGGGAAAAAGAGCCGCGAGAAAACGAAAUGCAAGGAAUGCAAAUGUUCUACACAAAAGCACAAGGAAAGGCAGCCAUGCAAAAAAUGCUGCAAUCGAAAAGCCCGAAGUCAAGCGAGGGAACAAUCCGAACAGCUGCAGAAUAUGCAAAGUAACCUUACGGCUUUGAAUGAUAUGAUUCAGAAGAUACUGGCGAAAAGUUCGAGAGAAGAAAAUUUCUUUGUUGAAGCCCAUGAUAAACUGUAUAAAUCCCGCCUGGGACAAUUUGUAGGAAGCAACACUCCAAAACCUGAGUGCGACAAUAAGAUUAAGAACAACGACCGCAUCUUAACAUCAAAAGAUGGGAGGGUGUGCUUGUGGCAGUACGCGGAGUGGAUGUCUAACGACGCCAAGAAACUCUACCAGUUGGAUGACCUUCAGGGCAGGGUCAAGGUCACCAUGAGUGGCGUGUAUUUUAUAUAUGGCCAGCUGAUCCAAGAAGACUUUGAUGAUUACGCAUCCGCUAGCAUAGUGGUCAGCUCAGGGACGAAUAAACCAAGGCCAACAGCACAAUGUUCAGAGACGGCCGGCUACAAGACUGCAAGGGACAGCUCAACACAAAAGGAUACAUUAGUGGAAUCUAUCCGUACUUGCUAUAUGGGAGUCUUGGCAAGACUUGAGGCCGGGGCGCAGGUGUACAUUAAGCUGAACACAAGAACGCCGCGGAAGACCUGGCAUGUCGCCGAAACUGCCUACCUCGGACUUAUCAAAUUCUCUUGAUUGGGUAAAUAUGCAUAAUAGUUUUCAGCGAGAGGCAGGACCAUGUGCAUAUGUUUUGAAACUUCCAAUGUGUUCAGUGAGAUGGAAAGACAGUGUACAUAAAUUUUGUUCCUUUCAAAUCAAAGCAAAUUGAGUUGAAGAAAUGUCGUUGAAAUCAACGUGCGUACUCGAUAAGGACAAUAGUUGCCAAAAAGUCUCCUGUAACAGUCUACCUCUGUUUAAAUGUACACCCUGGAUGCAGUGGAUUGGCUUCGACCCUCUCCCAUCCAUGAGAAGACUAUAUUUGGGACAUGGACCACCCCGAGACCACCUCUGGAGGCCACCAGUAUUUAGAAGGGCGAGCGCAACCUGUCUUUGUCGUGCACUCAGGAUGUUCUUGCGCAAACGUUUUCAUUCAGGCACAUACUAUGUAAAUAAU